CUUGGUCCUUUUCCUGCGUCCUGCCUGCGGAUCGCUGGGCCGCUGGGCUCCAAGAGUGUAUUUACGCUCCUGUGUUCCGUUGUUGACGUCAAAGUCAUCAAAAUCUACGCACCGAUUUUCGCUCUUCUAGAUGCGGUCAUUUCAUUUCGACAUCGGAGAAGCAUUAUGACUCUGACAUCCAGGGUUCAGGUCCUGGUGACUGGAUGCAAGGCUCAGGGCCUGCGCAGCCUGCCUUCGUGUGGCCGGCGCCCGAGCUGUGGCCCACUCAGGGCCGAGGGCCUGCACGGGGCCAACAGACCGACUGUCCUGUUGCUGCGGCCUGCGUCCACCACCACGAACAAGGCCAACAGCGCUGUUGUUGAUGCCAAGGACUCUGAGGGAGGUCAUCUAACCAUCGGACAGAAAGUUAAGCAAACAACAAAGGAUGCCAGCUACCUUGGAGUAAUACUUGCGGGACUCGGAGUUACAGGGCUCAUGUUCUACGCCAUCUUCCGAGAGUUGUUCUCCGGCCACAGCCCAAACUCUGUGUACUCGCGUGCGUUGGAGCGGUGCCGAGCCGAUCCCAGGGUCACAGCUGCCGUCGGGGAGCCUGUUCAGGGGCAUGGAGAGACCACCACCCGGGGACGCCGUAGGCAUGUCAGCCACAUGGAAUAUCUCAAGGAUGGCAUCAACCACAUGCGCAUGAAGUUCUACAUCAAGGGCCCCCAUAAAUCUGGCACAGUCCACCUUGAAGUGAAGGAGAACACUAGCAAGGACUUCGAGUAUCGUUAUCUUUUUGUUGAUCUUGAUGGCCACCCAAAACGAACGAUCAUCCUUGAAGACAACAGGGAAAACCACACUUCUGGUACCACCUUUGAUGUGGUAUAGCUAUGUGGUCCUUCUCCAACACAAGUUAUCUGUAGAUGUUGUUUUUUUUUAUUUGACAUUAAAUAAAAGUGCUUGGUUAGUUC